CAAAUAUCAAUGUGACAAGCGAAUUUUCAAAACAAUCACAACAAUUGCAUCGCAAAUUGAUGUUUUUAAUUUUAUUUUGAGCUGUUUGACGAAGUUUAAAUGGGUUUUUAAUAGCGGAAAUGUAAAAAAAUAAAAGCUUUGAAAUUACCACUGAUGUUGAUGUGAGUUCAUCGUGCCACUAUGUCAAGCCUUUAUUUCGACAUCAGAGAGGACCAGUGGCCGCUGGUUUACGAUGACAAGUACAAUGUGUCGUUCUGCGGCUUCGAGAAGUUCCAUGUGUUCGAUGCAAAGAAGUGGCGUAAUAUUAUACAAUAUCUCAUAGAAGCAAACUUUAUAACCCGAGAAUGUCUGGUCAAGCCACUAGAAGCAAAGGAGAAUGAGUUGCUAUUGGUGCAUACUAAGAAGUAUCUCAAAUCUCUUAAAUGGAGUGGCAAAGUUGCAAUGAUAGCAGAGGUGCCAGUGGUUGCUUGUGUUCCUAAUAUACUUGUGCAGCAUGCUUACUUGAAGCCUAUGAGGUUACAAACAGGCGGCUCAGUGUUAGCGGGUAAGCUGGCCUUGGACCGAGGCUGGGCUAUAAACGUGGGUGGCGGCUUUCACCACUGCAGCGCGUCACGAGGCGGGGGCUUCUGCCCCUACGCGGACAUCACGCUGCUCAUCAGGAACCUGCUGCUGCAUUGCGGCGUGCAGAACGCUAUGAUUGUGGACUUGGAUGCGCAUCAAGGCAACGGCUACCAGCGCGAUUUUCUGGGUGUUCCAGAAGUAUACAUAAUGGACAUGUAUAACCGACACAUCUACCCCAAGGAUGAGGAGGCCAAACGCGCAAUACGCCGCAAGAUCGAGCUGGGGAACAAAGUCGAGGACCUGGAGUAUAUGCUCAAGUUGAGGAAGAAUUUAAAAGCAGCUCUGCAUGAAUUCAAGCCGGACAUUCUGGUGUACAAUGCUGGAACCGACAUCUUGGACUCGGACCCACUUGGACACAUGAGGAUUAGUGAAGUUGGUAUAAUAAAACGCGACGAGUUCGUAUUCGAGAUCUGCAAAGAGCAGCACAUUCCAGUGGUGAUGCUCACAAGCGGAGGGUACUUACGGAAGACGGCCAAGAUCAUCGCAGACUCCAUCAUGAACCUCAAGAGCAAAGGCCUCAUUGGACACCGGCACAAGGAGUGAGCUGAUCUUACCACUCGUAAUAUCAUACAUUCCGCAUUAGACAGUUCUCCGAACGCCGACGAUUAGCGAUUGGUGAGCAACGAGAAGCGAGUGUGUAGUUUGAUAGUUUUCGCGCUGGGCUAUGAGUGAGUGUGCGAGUGUAUACAUUAAUUAAUAUCAACAAGAGAGCGUCGCUGAGCGAGUUUUUUUAAUAGUUCUUGUCGCUGCGACAAACUAGUGGAAUGAGAGAUUUCGUCAGCAAUGUGUACAGUCAGCGAUCAACUAUUUAAUUUAUCUCUUUUAUUGAUACAGAAUCAUUGAAGACACUUAGUCUUGAGCUAGAUAUAGUCGAUAGCUCGUUGCUUAUUCGUUGACAGUGGGACAAGGCAUAAAACAGUGAUUUUCAAUUACCUAAUUGAUUGGGUAAACGCUAUUUACUAGUAGCUACCUUGUGUUCGAGUUCUAGUCUCCGCAUCGUAGCAUACAGAGAGACGAUACCUUUGAUGUAUUUACGUAAAAUGGCCAAAAUCAUCGCAGACCAUCAUAAUCAUGAAACUGAAGGGCCGAGGCCUGAUUGCAUACUGACACAAAAAAUUCACAUCUCGCGUUAAUUAGUGAUAAUUUAUUACAAAAGCUUAUUUAUGGCCGAAAAGAUACAGUGAUGCUAAGCGCAACGCACACUUGCUGAGGGGAAAAUGGGGCUGAGGCACAGUGUUUUUUUCCUAAAACAAAGUUAGCUUUUAUGAAUUGUGACAUACUGUUAUAAGUGUUACACCAAUAUCAACUGUAUGUCAAAGAAAAUUAAACUGAUGUUGUUAUAAAAAAGACGCAAUGUUUCGGCUACACCGCGCGAUAUUUCUGUCGUACCUACCUAUAUUGAAAGUACUGAAAUCGUAGUAUGCGAAACUUUCUCCUAUUUUAAGUUUUGACGCGUUAUUCUUUUCAUUAAUUUUCUUAUGAAUGAAAUAACGUUAGCUUUAACAUUCCAUUUAUUAAUACUGGUUUUAUCGCAUAGUAUAUUAUAGCAUAAAGAAAAGACUAUGUACCUAGUUAACCAUGCAAAACGGAAUUGUGGUUAUUUAAGUGUUUUUUUGAUAUUAAUAUUUUCAGAUAUUAAGUACCUACUUAUGUACUUUUUGAUUUUUAUUUUGUUAAUAGAUUAUUUACAAUUGUUUUAUUAGGUACAUCUGAUCAGAUGUGAUGUUUAUUUUUUUAUUUGUGUGCGUAUUGUUGUGUGUAAAUGAUAAAUCUAUUUUAAAAUAAUUAAGUAUGUUAUUAAUUGUUUUAAUUUUAUUUUUAGUUUGUUUUUGACAUUCGACAAGUAUUUCAGAGUAUUGAAAUGUUGGUGCAUAUUUGUAUAAUAUUUUUAUGGUCAUAAAAAUAACCAUUUUAGUUACAUGUAGGUGUAAUCCUUGUAACUAAAUUACAUAAUGUAAUCUGGUGUGAUUGAUCUCAAAUUUUGAAAAUUCUUAGUGCCAAAAUAAACUACGUAUUUUGUAUAUUGUGAAUAUGAUAGUAGGCUUGUCUAUUUUGAAAUGACGCGUCCCACCACCGCAAUUUACACAUCUAAGUCAACAAAAUU